GAAGGGGCGGAGCUUGCGGGCCGAGGAGGUCUGAGCUGCCCUGUGCAAGCUAUGGACCCGGAGGUGUCCCUACUGCUGCAGUGCCCCUGGGGUGGGCUGCCUGAGGAGCAGGUGCGGGCGGAGCUGAGGCCAGCCUACGACCGCCGCCCACUGCCAGGCGGGGACAAAGCCAUCCAGACCGUCUGGGAAAACCGGCUACAGGCCCAGCCUUGGCUCUUUGAUGCCCCCAAGUUCCGCCUGCACUCGGCCACCCUGGCGCCCACUGGCUCUCCAGGGCCACGGCUCCUCCUGCAGCUGGGCCUCACUUCCUACCGAGACUUCCUGGGCACCAACUGGGCCAGCUCAGCUGCCUGGCUGCGACAGAAGGGGGCUGCCGACUGGGGUGACAGGCAGGCCUACCUGGCGGACCCGCUGGGUGUGGGCGCUGCACUGACCACUGCUGAUGACUAUUUUGUCUUCCUGCGACGUUCUCAGCAGGUGGCUGAGGCCCCUGGGCUGGUGGAUGUGCCUGGUGGGCACCCUGAGCCUCAGGCCCUGUGCCCUGGUAACAGCCCCCGACAUGAGGAUCUCCCUGAGGAUCUGGUUGUGCGUGAACUCUUCUCCAGUGUCCUGCAAGAGAUCUGUGAUGAGGUAAACCUGCCGCUGCUCACCCUGAGCCAGCCCCUGCUGCUGGGCUUCGCCUGCAACGAGACCAGCGCCGGCCGUGCGAGUGCUGAGUUCUAUGUGCAGUGUAGCCUGACUUCUGAGCAGGUGAGGAAACACUACCUGAAUGGGGGACCCGAGGCUCACGAGUCCACAGGAAUCAUUUUUGUAGAGACCCAGAGCAUCGAGAGGCUGCAGGAGGCCGAGAUCUGGGCGGAGCUCUGUCCCUCCGCCAAAGGCGCCGUCCUCCUCUACAGCCAGGUCCGAGGCAGUGUCCCUAGGCCCCCAGCCCUCUCACCACAGCUCUGA